GCAAUCGUGGCAGGUACCGUAAUAAUUGCACACCCUCUGGCAGGCAAUGGAACGCUCGAGUAUGGUAAUCAGGUCCCGAAUGGGAUCUGCACCGCUUGACGCUGUCAGAACACUACAGGCCGGUUCCGUCCUCCAAACAUCGUGUGGUGCGCAGGCAACACCCCAAAACACUCACGCCGGCAGUCUACCUACCAUGGCGGGCCACUACCGUGCCGUGCUCCUGGUACUAACACUGUCACCGUGGGUGCUACAAAAGACCACCGGGCAAGAGGUGCAACCACCCCGGUCAAGUGUUGAUGAGAUAGUGGAAGAAUGCACGAGAAGGAACGUCCGGUCACUCUGCGAUCCUGAUGGCAUCUUAACCACUGAGGAGGAAGUAGAAAUACGAAGAUCACUGGAAGAUAUCGAGAGAACGAGCUUUGCUAGGAACAGUAGAAUCUGCGCAUCCACGGGGCAGAGACUGAACGCCACGGUGGUUGUUUUACCAGCCUUGCCCAAUCCCAGCACAUCUUCUGAAGACAAAGACCUCGUCAACACUCUGAUUCAGGCCCUGCUGCCGGAUAGAACGAUUUGCAACGUUGUGGCAAUUUUCCUCCUGAAAACUUCCAAGCUGUACUGGACGCAUGCGACCGGAUCCGGAAGUGACGUACCUCACAAGAUCCAUGGACGCACACUCAAGAUGGCGACCAGAAACGAAACGCAGUUGGAUACGAUCAAGCUGAACCUCUAUGACAUCGUCGACGCUACGCCAGAAGAACCGUAUUACCUUGCCCGUGGAGUUAUCUCUUUCGGCAAGCCGGCGGGAGGAGGUGGUGGUGGAGGGUUGGCCCCCUUAGGAUGGGGAGGGGACUGGACUAUCAUGCUCUACAUUGGCAUCGGUCUCAUCUCAACCAUCACCGUCCUCGCGCUGAUUGUCUGCUGUCUGCUGUACAGACGGAAGAAGCUGCUCAAGAAAUGGGAGGAGGCAGAAACCGACGCAGACUCCGCCGCAGUCAUGGUGAACAUUUCAGAACGGAAUAACGCGCAACCCAAACAGCAAACACCUUGACUCGUGCACCCCGGCCUCCUCUUGAAUACUGCAUAUGAAUCUGUUAUGCUAUGCUUCUCGUCCCUUAAGCUCAUUGGUCACGCAUCAUAGAAUGCAAAAAAAUAUUACAGUUUGUUGCUUUGAAUAUUACAUGGUGCUUACUAAAAUUCCCGGAAUACCAUAACAUUAGAUAAGGAAAGUAUCCGUAGUUGGUUGCUUAAAAUGUUACAUUCCGCUAGGUACAAUUGUAUGAAUACAAUAACGUUAAUCAAUGAACGUAUCCGUAGUUCGUUGCUUUAAAUAUCAGAAGAACAAUUCUAGGAACGUAUCCGUAGAAAGCUUAUGAAUAACUGUAUUUCAAUAUGCAUAUUUAUUAGCUUAUGAGUAACUGUAUUGCUGUGCAUGUUUAUUAUCAAGUAGAAUAAUGACAGUAUGUUAUAGAUCAUGGUCUAAAUAGAAUUCUAAUUGAUGUAAGUUGACGUUAAAUGGAAAUCGGGUGUUGUUUCGUUACGGGGUAAUGUUAAGGUAUGUUUGCAUUUGACAUGUUGGUAUAAUGUUUAAAAGGUUGUAACAAUUUAAACAGUCUGUCAAGAAUAUUAGUAAGCUAAGCAUAAUGUGAUUGCUCUUAUAUGGUAUUGCCCAAGAUAACUGUAAAUUUAACUUGCUUAAUCUAACAACAUUAGGAAUCUAAUUCACUUUCAAUGAAACCUUAUCUGUAUGUUCAUUAAGAUACCGUGUUAUCACUGAAAAACACAUGAUAGCAUCGUUAUUUUGAACAAACCAAGAACUUUUGUUGUUAUACGUUUAUGGCUGCAUACUAGUUAUGAUCUUAUUAGAUUAUUGACGUGAAGCAAAUAUGUACAAUGUAUGGUAUUUCACUGAUUGGAAACAGGGGGUAUAUUCUUGACAAAGUAUAUUUGGAAAGAAAGGGAGAAAAUUAAUAAAACAGAAA